UUUACUAUUGAUAGUUAAUUGUUUAUUUUUCAGCAAAUUAUAUCUCAACAUGUCUCAAUCUGAAAGCACUUCUCAGAUCACCGAAGAACUGCCUAACGUUCCGACCAGACGACAAGUGGAAGAGCGGAAGAAAGUAUUAACCGCUCGCUUGAACAUAUUGAUCACUGAACUUCAUGAGGCCGGUGCUGAGGCAGAAGCCCAUGUCCGGGCAUUGUACAACCUUGAGGCAGCACAUGCUGCCCUCGAGGCAGCUGAGACUGACACCGAUGUCAUGCAAGUUCAGGAGGUACUCAUCAAGUGUCGUCAGACACUUGAUAAGUACAUUAUGGACCAGUAUACUGAGAUUGCGAAUGGAAGCAGAAAGAAAGAAGUGCAUGUGACAGAAGAGACAGUGGAUGAGAAUAUUCCACAACUUGAGGAAGCUCUUGCAAAAGAAAGGAACCGGAAAGAAGAGGUGAAGAAACAACGUGAAAGAAAUGAACAGCAGGAACAGAAGAUAAUUGAGAUUAGACAGAACGUGGUAAUAACUGAAGGAGAAGAACAUGCAGUUUCUCUGACCCAACUUGUCACCUAUCUUGCUCACCUUGAAAUGAAGAUUGAACAACAAGGUUUGAGAAUUGAUGAACUUACUGCAGGCUUGCAGACUGUCACAAACCUGGUGAAAGGAAAGAACAGGGUGGUCGAGACAAGGACCGAAGAGAAACUGAAAAAACUGAUGGGAGAUGCCAUGAAACAUCUCAAAGUGGAAACCGACGAGAAGGAAGAGAAGAAAUCCGAAGAAAAGAAAGGAGAACCUUCGGAUCCACCAAGUCCGCCGUCAGGGUCCCCGAAUGGAAAGAAAGAGGGCCCUGCACAACCUGAGAAACCGAAGAAGAAGGAUAAAGUCAAAAUAAAAUUGCCCAUUACAUUCUGCAAUAAAAAGGAUGAAAAUUUGUUAUUGUGGAUUGCUGAGAUACAAACCUAUUGUGGCAUGGCUCCUGUUGAACCCGAGUCUCAGGUAGCCUUCUCUACUUCUUGUCUAGGGGGAGAAGCUAAGGAAUGGGUUUUGGCCGAAGCCAAUGCUGCCGGGUUCGAUGAUAUUGGGGAGUGGGCUGGGACACUGAAUCUGAAACAGUUCCUAGGGAAAAUCAAGGAACGUUUUCUUGACAAGACGAUGGCUGACAAAGCCUUCGACCAGCUCACGACCAUUGGACAAAAACAUUGGACCUCGGUGGAAGCUUUGUCCAGGGAGGUUGACCGGUUGCUGCAAGUUCCAGGACUGAACUUGCAAGACAAUCAGGUAUUGUACAUAUACUCUCGAGCUCUGCCCGAGCCCGUGCGUAGUCAGCUCGUGGCAGAGUCAAAGUCAGGUAAGUAUCACUACAGGCAAUUUCGGGAUUUGGCUCUCCAGAGAAAACAAAUGACUUCUCAGGUGAAGAACACCUAUGCAUCUGUUGUGAAAUAUGGUGGUGGUGCAGAUGCAGGAACAGGCAAGCGAGUACUCUGGCGUCAAAAGCGUAAGGACCACACCCUCGUCGUCUUUGACGACGAUACUGCGGAGAAGUGGCCAUUGUAGGCCGAGGGUGUGGCAAGCGGCAGUGAGUCCGGAAAGGGGGACGUCACUCCCGCCAUGGUAAAAAAAGGAGGACCACGACCACGAGUAAGGAGGUGACCGCGUUCAUUCCCGGAGCAUCCCAGUAUUGCAGCCGGAAGACCCUGGGAGAAAAUGGACAUCGACGAAAAGACUUGGCAAGACCGGAUGAACAACGCGCAAUGCCUGAAAUGCGGGGUUGCGGGGCAUGUGAUUGCAUGGUGCCCUUUAAUCCGGAACCCAAAAGCCUGUCGCCAGUAGGAGUAACAUCUGCUCCUACUGAGUUCAAGGGUUUAGAUAUUGAGAAAGGUAAGGCACCUACUAACCCUUUCAAUCCUUCGACUCGUAUGGCAGAGGAUGUAUCUUCUCCAGCCUUUCGUCCAGAACACCCUGAACCUGUCUUAUGUUGUGUCUCUCUGGAUGACUCCCUUGACGAGCUUAGUAAUGAACUGCUAGCAUUACG